CUAUUCUUGAAGUUUACUACAACAUUGAGAUAACACAGAUAUUACAGUUAACCUCACGAAUCAAUUAAAUGUCGAUACAAAUUAAACAAAUACAAAAAAUGAGUGUAGUAAAGUGUUUCUGUAAAAUUGUUUGUAUGACUAGUUUAUUUAUACUAAGUGCAGAGGCGAGCAGUAUAGAAAAAUAUAAAUUUCCAGAUGAGUUUUUAUUCGGAGUUGCUUCAAGUGCUUAUCAAAUAGAAGGAGGUUAUAAUGCAGAUGGCAAAGGAGAAAGUAUUUACGACUAUUUUACAAAAAAGAAUCCGAAAAACUUUUUUAAUAACAGUAAUGGAAAUAUCGCCUGCGAUUUCUAUCACAAAUGGAGAUCGGAUGUAAAACUUCUCAAGGACCUUGGAGUGAACUUCUACAGAUUUUCGAUAUCGUGGACUAGGAUUUUACCGAAUGGUUUCUCUAACAAAAUCAAUGGAGAUGGUUUGAGAUACUACAAUGAUCUAAUCAACAAUUUAAUAGAAAAUGAUAUCCAACCAAUGGUAACAAUGUACCAAAAAGAUCUACCAAUGAGUCUACAACGUUUAGGAGGCUGGACUAAUCCAUAUAUGGCUUACUAUUAUGAGGACUACGCUAGAAUUCUAUUUAGUUACUUUGGUGAUAGAGUGAAACACUGGAUAACCUUAGAUAUGGAUUACUCUGGAUACGGAGACAAUGUUUAUCCACCAUUUUUGAACGAGCCUGGAAUUGCCAACUAUCUCUGUCAACAUGUAAUGCUUUUAGCACAUGCUAAGGUUUACCAUUUGUAUGAUGCGGAAUUUAGGAUAAUGCAAAAGGGUAAAAUAGGAAUAGCUGUAAAUGCUACUUGGUUUGAACCAGGAAGUUUUUCUCCAGAAGAUAUAGCUGCUGCGGAAAGAGCUCGAGAAUUUAAGAUUGGCUCCAUAAUGAACCCAAUAUUUCAUACAGACGGAAACUAUCCAAAUGUAGUCAGACAACGUGUGGAUAAUGCAAGCAAAGCGGAGGGUUACCUUCAAUCAAGGUUACCAUAUUUAUUACCACAAGAAGCUGAUUUUGUUCAGGGAACAUAUGAUUUUGUUGGGCUAAACAUUUACACAACUUUUUUGGUAAAAGAAAAUAAGGUAAACAGCAAUAAGACGUCAAUUAUGAAAGAUGCGAAUGUGACGUUUUAUCAAGAUAAAGAAUGGUCGAAAACUAGUUCAGAUUGGCUUAGGGUUGCCCCAGAUGGGGUCAGAAAGGUAUUGAAGUGGGUCAAGGACAAGUAUGAUGAUCCAGAAAUUUUCAUUACCGAAAAUGGUUUCUCUGACAAGGGAGAAAUAAAUGACGUGAAACGAAUACAAUAUCUUCAGAAAUACCUAAAAGCAAUUCUGGAAUCUAUACAUGAAGACAAAGUAAAUAUAAAGGGUUACGCCGUAUGGAGUUUUCUUGACAGUUUCCAAUGGGUAGCAGGUUAUAGGGAGAAAUUCGGCUUGUAUCACGUCGAUUUUACUGACCCCAAUAGAAAGAGAACGCCAAAAAAGUCGGCAUCGUGGUAUAAGAAAGUGAUAAAAGAGAAACGCGUAGUAGACCUGAAGGAGAUUGCUAGCGAUCUCAAGGGAGAUUCGUAAAAGGAUUUUUGUGUUGCUUGAGACCACAUACUUUCAGGUGAGGUAGGUCGCGUUCGGAAAUCCAGAUA